GGUACGCAGUCCUUCAAACACCAUGUUUUGUGUCGGUGUUCGUGAGAUGUGCAUCAGUUAUUCCUGGUGAAAAAGGAUGCGAUCAUUUUUAAUCAUCCUUUGAAGCAUCGAAAUCAGGGUAGAUGAAAAUUACAUUUUCUGGAUGAGUUCUACUAUCUGUACAAUAUGUCGUUACUUCCAACACCUAGUUUAGUAUAACACCAAGAUGCUUAAGGGUUUGUUUCGUCCAGAAUAGUUUAGUGACAUUCAUCGUGAAAAGUAAAUAUCGCCAGACGUAACCGAGUUUUCCACUUCUUGCCCAUACUAGAAAAUGGAUAGACAGUUAGUUGUGGAGUAAGGAUUACCGUAAUAAACCGAUAAAAUGAAAACUUGUGUGCUUGGCGCUGGCAGUGGUUGUCGCAAGUUCAACAUUAGCGACGAUUAAAGAAUGAAAUAACAUGAAAAUCUAACGAAUCGCCAUCCUCGCGUAGAGGCCUGUUGGAAGCAACCCUUUGAUUACGUCUGCCGAUAAAAUAUGAUGGAAGAUCCAUUUUUCGUAGUGAAAGACGAAGUAUUCAAGGCGCUGAACAAGACACGUGGACUGUACCUUCGGUGGCGGGAGCUAAACGAUGCACACUCCGGUGGCACAACAGCAGAAGCUGAAUGGACCACAACGGAACUGAAAAAUUCCCUGCGUAGUAUCGAAUGGGAUCUUGAAGAUCUCGAGGACACUAUCAGUAUUGUAGAAAAGAAUCCUAGCAAAUUUAAAAUCGACAACAAGGAACUAUCCAGCCGGCGACAGUUCAUUGAUGCCACCCGCGAUGAGGUCAAGUCGAUGAAAGAUCGCAUGAGCAUCAACCGAAAUAGUGAUCGGGACAUAACUGCAAGGCAACCCUUACUAGAUAGCUGUGAGCACGGAUCUACGCAAAACCAAGCGAGCAAGAACUUCAUCAACAACAACUGUAUAAUCGGUAGUGGUCAUAACGGCGGAACGCACAUUGGCAGCAAUUUGAACAACAACAAUCUUAAUUUAGCCGGUACUGGUAAGCACCUGAUCAGCUCGGCUGGAGCAGCAAUGGCGUCGUCACGGCAUAGUGGUGCCAAGUAUUCCAAGCUGGAAAACAACCUGGACGACAGUCCGACUCAUUAUGCACCUUCUUCCUCUUCGGUACUUGACGGCGGAUCGAAUCGAUUUGUGGAGGACACGCUUGCUACUCAGCAGCGAAUACUGUCAACCCAGGAUGAACAGUUGGAUGUGAUCAGUGAUUCGAUUGGCACACUGAAAACGGUGUCGCGCCAAAUCGGCAUCGAAUUAGAUGAACAGGCCGUGAUGCUUGAUGAAUUUGGAAACGAGUUGGAGCAAACAGAAUCCAAAUUGGACUCAACCAUGAAGAAAGUCGCCAAAGUAUUGCACAUGACUAAUGACCGCCGACAGUGGAUGGCGAUCGUUAUACUGUCUAUUGCACUGGUAGUUGUGAUAAUUUUCUACAUCAUCCUUUAAGCGAGUCUAGUUCCAAGCAGAAAUAGAUAAUGCAACAGUGCGUAUAUAGAUGGAAUUAUAUGUGGGUUUGAUCAUAUGGAGAUACACUUAUCUAGUAGACAGAUUUUCAAGGCAGACAGGCAGAGUUUGGAACAGCUAGGAAGCAACGACUGAUUCUCGUUUGAAAAUAAACAUUUGGUACGUGAAUCAAAAGUAGUCUGCAUAUUUUUUAUCCUGUGAAUGUAGUCAAAGGAAAGAUCGGUUGUCCUCAAAAUAGGAUAAAUAAUGUAUAGGACUUGCGCAAAGUGCUGUGAACAUAACGAAAUAGACGGGCCAUCUAAACUAUUAGGUUUUGCAGCAGACACCGAAUAUCAGUCAGCGAAAAUUGUAUAGAUCGUAAAAGUAGUAUUUAUCUGUUGAGAGUAGACAGUAGUGAUAAUCAAACCAAAUAAAUUAAAUCCAGAAUGUAAAUAUACAGUAUGUUUAUCAUAGUAAGUCUCAGAUUUCAGUUCUAAGUUGUGGAUGAGAAAAUUAUUUAUUUGAAUAAAGGUAUAAACGCAUUCAGGAUAAAAUAUAUAAACCUUCAUAAUGGUUAACUUUCGAAUUUCUCUUGUGAAGUUGGUGUAGUAAACUUUGAUCUAAUUUAUUUAUAGUUGCAUUAUCAAACCAAUACGCCGACACUCGAAUUAUCAAUUCUCUCUUUUCCAAAUAUUCAACAUAAAGAAUUCCUUCAUUGAAUGGCCGAUAGAAAAAAAAACUAGUUUAUCUAUACAAGGGACAAAGCGGGAUGCGAUUAAAGAGAUUUAUAUUUUCAUAUUAUCCUUGUAAAUUUUAUUUUCUAUAAUACAAUUAGCGGAACGAGAGUAGUAACAGUAAAUUUUAUGUCUUAUGUCUAUAUUCAUAAUUGACUCUAUUCAAAGCCAAUCUAUUAUUUUCAAGUAGAGUUGCUCAGAUGACGGUUAACUACUUCAAAUUGUUUCCAGAGCGUAGUAUCCACUGGGCAACCCUGGAUCUAGCGACAACAGUCUGAGCUAUGCAAACGUGAUUAAUCUAAGUUAGUCAUCACAAGGAAUAUAAUAUCCAGAGUAGAAGUGAGAGAGAUGAUUACCAAUUGACGUGGAGUUUUAGUGUUCACCUUUAUUGAAAUUUAGCAAAUGUGAAAUAAAGUACAUUGAAAAUUCA